AUGGCGCAGGGUGACCCUGCAGAGGAGGAGGCAUCCGAGACUUCGACCAGUGCAGCCCGUGUGCUCUCCGCUGUUGAGAAGGUGCUGGACGAGUGGCUCGUUACCGGAUUGCACCGCGCAGGUGCCAAGAAGUUCAUCCAGGACAAGAUCUGCAAAGAGAACGACGAGGAGUGCAAGCGUGUGCGGCAAUGGCUGCUGCUGCGCAUGAAUGGACGGAUAUGGGAGCAUGGCAUGGCACUGAUGUGUCGGUCGCCUGACAACGUUCCGGGCCUGCGCAGCAGCCCUGUCUGGCAACGGGAGGACUCCCCGUGGCUAUCUGCGAUCGAGCUCGGAACCUCAGAUUUGAUCAGAUCUUUGCGCCAUUUGCACUUUUGGCGGGCUAUGGAACAGCAGCAGCCGAUUAGCCGCUGUCGCUGCGUUGCAUGCCGUGCGUGCGAGGUGCUUUGUGACGGGAUUGUGCUUCGAUGGCUUCCCACCAUGGGCCUCAAUCUGCCCGAUCCGCUGCCGCUGCUGGCGCGGACCCAGGCCCGACGCCUCCGCAUCCCGCUUCUGGUGGCCGUCGUGUCCUUUUUUGCUGCAGGCGCACUGCAGCUGUGGUGCUGGGUUGAGGGCUGGUACCAUUUGCUGAUUGGUCUUCCCCCGGUCUGCGAGGCCGGUGCGGGCGUUUGUAAGUUACUCGUGUAUCUCUUGGCUUUGACCGCGGUUCCUUGUAUGUACAUGGUGGCCGUUCCGGUCGUCCUCUAUUAUGCCAUCUACGGCGAUCCUCUCGUAGCUUCGGAGUCUGCCGCGUGCUGGAAGAAGGCUCCGGACUUGCAUGUCUUCGUCCUGAAUAUCCAAAAACGCAGCUUGUGGACAGCGAUCGCGAUGCUGCUGCUGACGCUGUCGCUUAUGGUGCUUAGGUAUCGUGUUUCGAGCCUUCGUCGGAUGUGGGACUCGUCGGGUCCGGCAUUGGAGACAGUGAUUAACUCCAUCGCGGAGGCCCCGGCUGUGACGGUGGAGCCUGGCACUGAAUGCGCCAUCUGCCUCGAGACGGAUGCUGCCGAUGGCAGCAGCUGGAAGGCACUGCCAUGCCAGCAUGCAUUUCACGAGGACUGCCUCCUUCACUGGCUGCGUUGUGGCCGUCGUUGUCCGCUGUGCCGCCUGGACCUGGUCCAGGCACUGCUCGACACAGAGAGUGGGAACGCUGCCGCCGCCCCUGCAGAUGCAGCACCUCAUGCAGCUGACACAGCGAGUCCAGCGAACGUGCAGCUAGGCCAGAUGGCAGGCCCGGAUGUGAAUUUAUGGGUGUUCCAUGCGCUCAUCUGCACAGUCUGCAGUAUUGAGGGAUCUCCAAAUUCCACAUAA